UGAGGCCAGGAGGCGGGGGUGCGGGCGGCGGCCCCUCCCCCAUGGAAACAGAAACCGCCAAAACUUCAACAAAAAGAAGAAAUAAAGAUGUUUCUGAUACAGAAGUCACAUCAUGUAAGCAAAAAAUGACAUACAUACGAAGUCGUCGCGGUCUCUUCAAAGACCACAACCCCAUAUAUGAAGAUUUGACAAAAAAAGAGUAUCCUGUACUACUACAAUCUGCUUCUAAUGAACUGACUCAUAAAGUCCCCAUGGACAUCCUCAAAGUUAAUGGAAUAUUAAAAGAGAUUUUGGGGGUGCAAUAUGUAAAGGCGGCUGGUAACUUUUAUGUUAAAGUUUAUUUCGGAUGUGCCAAGGAUGCAAAUGCAUUUUUGCUAAACAAACCUGUACUACAAGAAAAUAAUUGGAAAGCAACAAUUCCAUAUGACAGCAUAGAGUGCCAAGGAAUUAUUCGUGCUCCUGUGGAUCUUAGUGAGGAGACAUUGCUCGAGGACUUAAAAGCGAGUUGUAUGAUUCUUGGUGUAAAGCGCUUUACCAAAAAACAGGACGAUGGGCAAUUCAAACCUCUCCCAACCGUCCUGGUUACAUUUAUGGCCUCGUCUAGACCCGACCACGUAAUCUAUGACCAUAUCUGGAUGCCUGUACAGGAAUACAUCAGACCUCUGCUUCAGUGCUUCAGAUGUUAUAAAUUUGGACAUGGCAGUGGAGCUUGUAAAAGCACUCAAGUAUGUUCCAUUUGUUCGGCGGGUCAUUUUUACAAAGAAUGUACCACACCAUCAGUCUUCAAGUCCUCAAACUGUAGUGGACCCCAUUCGGCAGUUUCUUAUACCUGUAAAGUGAAGGCAGAAAAAAUUGCACAAAUUAAGAACAAGAUAAAUGGCAAAUUCUCUUAUGCAACUGCAGCUGCAAUAGCUGUUACACCUAAUAAUAGUACUAAUCCAAAUAGUAAGAUUUUAAAAACACCUGCUAAAACACCUCACGGACGUGCUAUGAUUGCUGACAUUAUUAAUUCUGAUAUUGUCCUUAAUGCAAUCACCAAAACAAUUGUAGAAUUAAUGAAAAAAAGAGAAGUCAAUAAUACUUCCUCUGGUCCUUUACCAAUAUCCUCCCAAAUGAUCCAAAUGAUUAAAGAGCUGCUUGUAACAAGUUUUACCACUUAA